UGUUCUUACUUGCACAAACACAAUCGUUCUAUACUCCAUAUCAUUAUCUAUAUACUAGACACUUUCCCUAGCCUUGCCUAAGACUCUUGUAACUCAGAUACAAAAUGUAUUUGCAGAAGCUCCAAUUUUGCGUCUCCAUCAUCUUAAUCACCUCCUCAUCAUUCUGCUUUGGCAGCCACAGAAAUGACCCAUACAACCCAAUGGCCCGCCUCUCCUCAGUUAGGACCGCCAGCAGGGGUCGAACCUCCUACUAUGACUCUGACUCCUGGAGGCAGCUCAUGCUGAAGCGGAGUCGAGCUGCCUCUUCAUCAACUUCACUUAAGUUGGUGAACGUAAAUGACUACGGUGCUAGAGGAGAUGGAAGUGAUGAUACUGAGGCAUUCAUGAAAGCCUGGGAGGUUGCUUGUUCUGCUCAGAGAGCUGCUCUAGUAGUCCCUCAGAGCAAAACCUAUCGUCUAACGCCCAUCACAUUCUCAGGUCCUUGCAAAUCUGACGUCACAGUGAAGAUCUAUGGAACAAUCGAGGCUUCUACUGACCAAUCAGCCUACCAAAAGGAUCCAAGACAAUGGCUGAAGUUUGAAAACUUGGAAAACUUGGCAGUAGAAGGCGGUGGCUACAUAAACGGCAAUGGAGAAACAUGGUGGAAAAAAUCCUGCAAAAGAGACCCAAACCUCCCUUGCAAGGACGCACCAACAGCGUUGACAUUCCAAGAAUGCAACAAUCUCAGGGUAGCUGACUUAUCCAUAAAAGAUGCACAACAAAUGCAUCUUGUAUUCCAGAAGUGUGUGAACGUGAGAGCAGUGAACCUCCAGAUAACUGCUCCUGAGGAAAGCCCAAAUACUGAUGGAAUUCAUGUCACAGAAACUCAAAAUAUCAUCAUUGAUAGUUGUGUCAUUGGGACAGGGGAUGAUUGCAUUUCUAUAGUAAGUGGGUCGAGAAAAGUUCAAGCUACGGAUAUAACCUGUGGCCCCGGCCAUGGCAUCAGCAUUGGAAGCUUGGGAGCAGAUAAAUCAGCUGACUAUGUUUCGGAUGUCCUAAUAAAUAAAGCAAAACUUUCAGGAACCAAGAACGGUGUGAGAAUAAAGACUUGGCAGGGAGGAUCAGGGUAUGCGAGAAACAUCAAAUUUGAGAACAUUGCAAUGACCAACGUGGAGAAUCCCAUAAUCAUAGAUCAGAACUAUUGUGAUCAAAAGGAAUCGUGUCCACAGCAGGCCGCAGCUGUUCAAGUAACGGACGUGUCUUACAUGAAUAUCAGAGGAACCAGCGCUUCAGAAGAGGCCAUAAAAUUCGACUGCAGCAAGAACCAUCCAUGUCAAGAUAUUUUCUUGCAAAACAUCAACCUCCAAAGCGGAUCUUCAGUCACCGAAGCUUCUUGCUCAAAUGUUAGACUUACCCAAACUGGAAGAGUCUCCCCUCACUGUACCUAAGGACAAAGGGAAGGGGCUGCUAUCUUUUGUCAACCUUUAUAUAAUUUGGCGCUGUAAAUGUGUGCUUUAUCAAUUAGAAUGGAAUAGUAACCUCGAACUUUACAUUAAAUAAAAUCGU